AUGCAACGGAACGCUACGACUAAUCCGUCUCCAGCAGUGGAGCCGUCUAGUGUUGCCCCAUGUCAAAGUACAGCCGCCGCUUCUUCCUCAGCCGACUCGCCUGCAUUGCCAUGGGGUAAAAAACCCGUAAGCGUGUCAUUUUCAAAUAGAAAAACUUCGACGAAAUCUUCGAUAACCGCCGAAUCAGAACAUCGAACUAUCCUAGCCAUCACCGGAGGCAGAGGAGAAGCCAGAUGUGAAGUGGGUAUCGCGGCUAUACAACUUCCAAAUUCUUUUCUGACCCUUUCCCAAAUAUCCGACACUGAAAGUUACCUAAAUACGUUGGCGAAAAUCAACGUAUUCGAUCCAACCGAGAUAUUGCAUCCCAUCACGUUCGAAAGCAACGCAGGCAAACGCAUGUUAGAACAGAUCAAAGCGCAAUUUCCGAAGAAAAAAUACACAACGAUGUUGCGCAGAUUUUUUAACAGUAUCCAAGGUUUGGAUUGGCUGCAAGAAUAUUGCAUCCCUAGUUGUUAUUUUGCACUCGUCGCCGUUAAAGACAGAUAUUACGCCCUAGCAGCAGCAGCGGCCCUUAUAACUUACCUUCGAGAAACAUUGCGCGUUGGCUACGUAAGGCAUUCCAUCAAGCUUGAUUACCAAGCGUCAGAAGGCUAUACCAUCAUAGACGUUUGUACUGCCGAUAGACUCGAACUCGUUUCCUGCGAAGAAUCUGAACAGCCUAACAAGAAAAAAGCAAAUCUUUUCUCGUUGUUGAAUCAUUGCUUGACCCGUAUCGGAGUGAGGACCCUCAGAUCUAUGAUUUUGCAGCCCCUAUAUUCGGUUUCAUAUAUUGAACAACGUCUGUCUUGGGUCAACGAGCUUUAUGAGAAUCCUACCGUACUGGGUGCCUUAAGGGAAACUCUUCCCAUGUUGAACAAUAUCGAUCAUUUACUUAGUAUGGGUAUGGUGCUGUCAGAAAGCGAGAAAUUUUCUUAUCGUCAACUGAAUUACCUACUGCUGCUAAAUAAUGUCGUAGACGUAGUCCUAGGUUUGAAAGAGACAAUUGGCAGCCUCAAUCAGGACCUUUUUACGGACUUGGUUGGUUUUCUUGGCAACGAAGACUUUACUACAAUCAGAACCGUCUUAAGGCAGAUAUUAAAUGAAGACGCCUAUCCCAUCAAAGGGCGGACAAGUACCCAGAGGAUUUUCGCCAUUAAAUAUGGCGCCAACGGCCUUUUGGACGUGAUCAGGCAAACCUAUUCGGAGAGAGUACAGGACAUUCAAGAAUACGUAACCAAGGUAGGUGCGAAAUACAAUUUGCCGUUGACGGUGGCCAACACCAACUCCAAAGGCUACCAUAUGGUGAUGACUUUGAAUAAGCAGAAAUACGGCAAGUUCCAAACAUCCAGUUUACCUUUGGAGUUUAUCGAGGUGUGUACAACUAGGAACAAGCUCACCAUGAAAACGCCUGAGCUGGUAAACCUCAAUACCAGAAUUGACGAUAUCAUGCAGGAUCUGAUAUCAGUCUCCAACUCGGUGAUCAGAUCAGUAAUGAUAGAUAUGCGGGAGCAUAUCAGCCUCUUCUUUACUUUGUGCGACAAAAUCGCGUAUUUAGAUGUGAUCCAAUCACUGGCCACCGUCAGCUUAUGCUACGGUUACACUAGACCAAUGUUUGCCAACUAUACUGAAGUCAUCCAUGGUCGACAUCCGCUCUUGGAGUUUCUGUGCGACGAGGAGCCCGUUCCCAACUCUGUGGAAGUAUGUGAACAUUAUAACGUGCACAUCAUUAGUGGUCCAAAUGGUGCCGGAAAGAGUGUUUACUUGCGGCAGCUGAUGCUGCUUCAGAUCAUGGCGCAAGUGGGAUGUUUCGUUCCAGCCCAGUCGGCCGUCUUCAGGUCGGCAGAUCGCAUGUACGCUAGGAUAACGAACACCGACGAUAUUGAGUCCGGAUUUUCUUCGUUCGUUUCGGAGAUUAAGGAAGUCGGUUAUAUGGCCAGUACGAUGACCGAUCAUUCGCUAAUUAUCAUGGACGAGCUAUGUAACUCGACAUCCGUGGCCGAAGGCGUCUCAAAUGCCAUGGGAAUCUGCAGCUAUCUAGCUACAUUGAAAGCCUACGUAUUCGUUACCACCCAUUACGCUUUGCUGAACAAACUGAAGGACAUGUUUCUUAAUGUCAAAGUGUGGCAAAUGGAAACGUUGAGUAUUGGCAAUCCUGAAGACUUAAAAUCUUACAAGUUGGAUUUUAAGUACAGAUUGAUUCCUGGGUCGACCAACGUGCAAUGGUACGGUGUGUACAUGGCACGGGAUGCCAUUUCCGAAGAUACAAUGGAGCAUGUUAUCAAACUAGCGGCUAAAGUCAACAAGAGACGUAUGAAUAUCCAUGUCGGAACGGUAGAUCAGUCCAUGCGAUUAAAAUAUCAACUGCAUUGCAAACUAGGGAAACUCAAGGAUAAAAAUACACUGACUGAAACGGAAGUGAAUAAAUGCUUAAAAGCGUACGAAGAAGAAUUGAAUAAGUUGAAUACUUCUGGCGAUGCUGUUCCUGAAUUAAGUACCAUAACGGAUGAACUCUCUUGCUCGUACGCGUGGCUAGAGGACUUGCAUUUGAGAAGAGAGAACAGUCUAAACGAGAUAUCCGCACCCGAAGAAAAUGUUAAUCUGCAAGAUUUAAUCCCGGAGGUACAGCUAAACGAAGGCACCUCGAUACUUACGCUACUAUCAUCGAGUAUGAAUGACGGAAAUAGCAGCAUCGGAGCUGUGGAAAACGCCGAAGAAGAUUUAUCAAAUCAGCUAGCAGCGAUUCGUAUUGCCACGGGUUACGAUGGCUUUUUGCCAUCAGGUCAUAACGAUAUAAUAACGUCAACCCCCGCUCGAUCCCCGUCAAAUAACAAUGAUGACGGCGGAUGUCCCGAUGCUGAAUUUUAUUCUGAAACACUCAACUUCUCUUACAUGAAUCCACACCCUAUACUAAAUCGCCCGAUAAGAUCGGCUUCUCUACAUUUUCCGUGCUCAUCAAAUACCCGUUGCGGCUGGUCAUGUCCCAAUACUGAAUUUUAUUCUAAAAGAAGCAACUUCGAUGAGCAACAACAAUCUGCAGUGGAUCGCCAGAUGGAUGAUAGCACUUUGGGGCAGGAAAAUGAAGUACAUGGUUGCCCUAGCGUGGACAUUAUCGAGGGUGGUCAGGUUGCAUCAGAAAAUAAUGAUGGAAAUUUUGGACCUAUAUUCGAAGACGAAGCCAUUAUUUUCUCUAACGAAGAAAUUAUUGAUGAAAUGGGGAGCGAUAAUUAUGCUAAACCUGCGUCUAUGGAGGAACCCAUUUCCCCUGUUGUGGAAAAUACAGAUUGUAGGGGAAACGUAUCAGAGAAUAGCGAUUGUAAUCGUAGUCCUACACCUAUUCCCGAGAACAGUGCCGAGUUUGACGAAAGGUUGGAGAUUUUUGAAACAACAAUAUCAUUAUCACCCCUCGAGGAACACGUCUUCCCCAAUGUUGAAAUCAUAAAUGGUCCCGGUAGUAUAUCAGGAGACAGCGAUGACCGUGGCAAGCACACGGAAAAGCAAGAAGAUAUUUUCCCAAUUGUGGAAAUUAAUGACGGUUCCGGUAGUACAUCAGGAUGCAGCGACUACUAUUCGCAAAACAAUAUCGUUAACAAUAUGGAUGACUGGGAGAUGAGGACCCCCAUUUGUAGUAGCGGCACCUCGUUUGAAUCAGAUGGAGCGGAUUCAAGCAACGUGAAUACAGCCAAUUUUAGUCCAGAUUGGCAAUUCGAAGGAUUCUGUGAAUCAGAAAAGAAAACCGCUGUCGACGCUACGGCGAAAAUUGAUACCGGCCUUUCGGAAGUAUCGAGAACAAACGUCGAUGACAAUGGUAAUAAGUCAUCAGAUGGAACGGAUUUGAACAGUUGCCCCGGUACAUCUGCUACAUUCAAUACGGUAGAAAAGAUAACCAAAUCUCCCAUUUUCGAUGAUGGUAUUCAAAAUACCUCACUCGGAAAGACCAAAAUAAAUUUUGGUCCAGAUGUAAUACCAUUUUUGGGGUUCGAGGACUCAGAGAAGAAACUCGCCUGCGAUGAUUUAACCCGUAGUUCAGCAUCUCUGAUGGAAAGGAACCUCAAUAGAUCAUUGACAUCAGUUGGUGGGGAUUUGUUAAGUAGUAAAGCCAGCACAUCUGCUGAUUCUAACAAGUCAGGGACCACUUUACAAGCGGUUACUAACAACACCCCGUCGACAUCAAAAGUAGCGAACCCUGCUUCAAAGAAAAGCAAAGUCGAGGUGCCAUCUUCGCCAACCAAACCAAAUUUUGACCCAGAUAUCCCGUUCAAAGGAUUCGAGAGGACAAAGGAAACUGUCUCGAAUGACACGACGAAAGAUUUAACCAGCAUUUCAGCAGCUUCGAGGAAAAGGAACCUCGAUGGCAAUACCUCGUCGACAUCAAAUGGAAUUGAUUCAAAAAAGAGUUUCCCUGGCACGCCGGCUAAUAUCAAAAAAUUCAAGACCGUAUCUAACUUGUCUAGUGCUUCGAGAAAAAGAAACCUUGAAGUUCCGUUGGCGCUUACGGAAGCGAGCAGCUCCAUGCAAACCACGGGUUCCACGGGUAAUGGCGUGGGUUCCGGCAAAAGGAAUAAGAAGAGAUUCGUGCCUCCGAUACAAGCGAUGAGUGUGCGCCAAAUUAAAAGGGAUUUUGACAUGCAGGAUCGGGUACUUUUUGAGGGUGGUGCGGAUCAUGAGGAUUUGGCUAAAGUAUGGCAACAGCGGAGAAACAGACCCACACCGAAUCAAAUCAAACAGGGUACCUGCCUGAUGACGUUGGUCAAGAACCAAGAGGGUUUUGAGGUAAUUGAUGAUAAGGAAAGGAAAAAUAGCGCCGCCAUGUUUAAGAGGCCAUCUAAAAAUAUCCCUCGCACUAGGAUCGGUUUUAACACAACCAUCUUCAGUGGUGAAAACGUGAAAACAUUCGAGCAGUUUAUUAAUUCCAAAAAGGACGAUUUUCGAACUUUCAAUUUCAAUUUGGGCGGAAACCAGCCCCAUCCUAGUGGCGUUUUUCAACAGGUGAUUACUUGUGAUGUCCUAUUUUUCGGUUUUCAUCACUGUCGUUCGUUAAUACCCGUAAACAAGUAAAUAUUAACAUAAAACUUAUAAAUUGGCCAAAAACUGAUGAUUUUAAUUUGUUUUCAUGUCGUUAAUUUUUUUAUUUCUUUGUUUUUUCAAUUAAAUUUCAGAAUCCCUGUCAAUGGUUUAGAUUUCCAGGUGUUUUUUUUUUAUAAAAAAUGUUGUCUAAUCAGAAAACAAUUUUCGUAUAGGCUGACGCUGUGCCGCCAAGUAGGAGCUUCUCGGUGACUUAUGCUAGAAAAAAAAAAUCCGUCGUGAAUCAGGAAAAGCAAA